AAACACUUGUGCGCUCUGCCCAGGCUGACCCGUGACUGUCGGACGCAGCUUUGUGGUUACGUGGAAAGCAGUCGCGCGUUUCCCGAAAAAAAGCAAGGGCAGCAGCUGCAGUCCCACGCUUUGCCAGGCAAAACACAAACAAAGCCACGUGAUUCUGCGCCUGAUCUCCCACAUGAUCUCGGGGCGGGCUGGUGACGGCGCAACGUUGAGCCGCUGAGGGAGAAAGAGGAGGGGGCCGGCGCGCUUUCUCUUUCGGAAUAGGAAAGGCGAGAGAGAAAGGGAAACGAUGGCAACGAGAGCAGAUACUCUGGUGGUCUCUUCGCUGCCCGGUGGUGAUGUCAAACCUUUUACACCAGAAGAAGCCAGAGAAAUUGUGAUGUCUCUCCAGAAACCUGCAGUUUUCUGCAACAUGGCUUUUGAUUGGCCAGCACUUCACUGGAAUGCUAUACAUCUUGCUAAGCUAUUGGCUGGAAAGAGAAUGUGUUUUCGAAUAGGAAUGAAGGACAUGGGCACAGCUCCUCUGUUUGAAACGGAAUGCAGUUACGUGGAGGCUACACUUGAAGAGUUUCUGGCCUGGAGUGGGAAACAGCCAUCGCGCUCCUGUGGACCAUUCAGUGGUUAUGAGUUGUGUAAAUACUGGACUUACGCUGACUAUAAGUAUAUUGCUAGGCUAUUUGAAGAUAAGCCAGAAAAUUUCCAGGACGUAAGAUGGUCCGACUUUGGAUUUCCUGAAAGAAAUGGAAGAGAGAGUACUCUGUGGAUUGGCUCAGCAAGAGCUAACACUCCUUGUCAUUUGGACUCCUAUGGGUGCAACUUAGUGCUACAAGUGCAAGGAAGGAAAAGAUGGCAUCUCUACCCACCUGAAGACUCCAGUUUCCUUUAUCCUACCAGAAUUCCCUAUGAAGAAUCCAGCGUCUUCAGCAGGGUCAAUGUGGUCAAUCCUGAUUUGAAAAGCUGCCCACAGUUUAAGAAAGCAAAGGCCCAUGUGGUGACGCUUGAACCUGGCCAGGUCCUGUUUGUUCCCAGACACUGGUGGCAUUAUGUAGAAUCCAUUGACCCAAUCACUGUUAGCAUAAACUCAUGGAUUGAACUGGAUGCAGAUCAUGAAGCCCGUGUAGAAGAGGCAAUAACUCGAACGCUGAUAUGUGCAAUCAAAUCUGCUGAAACCACCAGUGUAUCAGAUUCCUGGCUCAACCCCACAGAGGUUGAAGUAACUUCCCAUGAAACCAAUCUUCAGUAUGUAAAUGGGGCUGUUUCUGCAUAUUUAGAGCAUCAGAAGACUAGUAAAAUUGAAGACAUGGACCCUAGAACUGAAGAGGUUAUUCAACACCCAUGUAAAAGAAAGAAGGUCCAAGGGAGAUCAGAACCUGAAGAAUUCCAGUUGAUGUCCUGUGAAUCUAGCCUAACUGUGAUCAAAAGAAAGAAACUGGAAAAAAUUCCAUUUGGACAUAAUCUUUUUCAGGUUUUACCACAAUUCUGGGAAACAGAUUCAACUGGUUCAGCUGAAAAUGACAGUAAAGGGUCUCCAAAUGAAAAUGAUGAACACUUUGGAAAAUUGCAUCGUGCUGGGAAGAAAUCAGAAGUGAUUGGUGAUUCUGGAGCAUUAGUAGAUCAGAAGGAUCCAGGAUGUGGUACCAUCUCUCCACAAGCAGUUAUUUGUACAAAUGAUUUGCUAGAUUGUGUGCUAAAUCCCCAAGUCAUCCGUUUAGUGGCUCAACUUUUGAUAGAAAGAGCAAGUGUUUAAAAUGUGUGCCUUUCUGAAAAUAAAAAAACAAAUGACAAGUAUAUUCUGGAGGUUCCACAGCUUCUGUACGAAAGAAUAAUUAGCUGCACAUCAGCACCAGCUCAACUGCAAACUUCCAAACAACACAGCAGCUAAGUAUGUCAGGGCUUUUGUAACCAUUUCCCAUGGGGUAGCCAAGUUUGUGUGUUGCAGCAGAAGCAACAGUCUUUUGGUACCUUAAAAACUAACAAUUGUCUUUAUGCAUAAAAAUAGGAGAAGAAUCCUGCUGGAUCAUUUAUGUGUUUUAGCAGAAAGCUAAGGCAACACAAAACAUUGUCAAAAUAUAUAAAUAAAUAGUUUAUUUUAAGACAACAAAAAUGUUUUAGGAAGGUGCUUGGCAAAGCCUUUGCAUCAUCUAAGACCAAGUCUAGCUGGUUGAUACACGGAUGAAGAGCCAGAAAUUAUUACCUCCUGUCUUGCCCAACAACCCCAUUAACAUACCAUAAUUACAACCUUCCAGUGCUUUAGGUUGCAAUUCUAAGCACAUUCACCUGGUGCUAAAUCCCACUGAACUCAAUGACGCUAAGGCUGUAUACACACUACGUAUUAAAGCACAGCUAGGCUGCUCUUUUUCUCUGCCUGGAUAGUUCGAGGGUGGUUGGGGGGAGUCAUCAAAAUGCAGUAAUUCAGGACAGGAUAAAUACAAGGUACGGAUUGUGGCUAAUGCCGUGUAUACACUGCUUCCCAAGCCAGUAGUGGGCAUGUACAGGAUGCUGAGUAAUGGGGAGUGCUUAGGGAGUCUAUGCAGUCUAUGCAGAAAUCUAAUUAUUGUGCUAUGAGUCUGGACCUCUCUGCUCAGAGGGUAGCAAACAUUUUCAUUUCUGUACUAGUGUGCAAACUCCUCCAUAAUCUUAUUGAGAAUUUCAGUACAGCUAUUGCAAUUCACUCUCUUUCGCCCUACGGGUGAACAAUAUUGUUUCUCAUGGGUUUCUCUCUCCUCAGUGAGACCCUUUGUUUCCUUGCAGUUACAUUUUACUAAUUAACAUUUAUUUGACACUAUAAAUUAGCUGUCUCUAAAUAAAAUUUUUGCUCUGUGUGAGAAUUUCAAUGGCAUUCUCUGCAUUUGCAUUGAUUUGAUUUAUCCACGAUUGCUGUAAGGUCACUGGCGUUAACAUUUUGACCAUGAACUGAUUCUGAAGGUUCCAUACCCCUGAUGACUUUGGCAAGCAUGUCGCAAAAGCCACACAACUCCUCAAAAGGCCCUAAUUGCCUUGUUUAAAGAAAGGUAAUGCUUUGUGUCCUAGUAGCUCUAGGUUCCUAAUAAGCCAGUGUCCUCCGUUUCCUACCAUUAAGGUCAAGGGUUUUGACAGUCUCCUAGUUACAGUAGUCUCCUGGUUUUUAUUAUUAUUAUUAAAGAAAACUGUCCCUAUUAGAUGGCAAAACCUUGAUUUCUUCUGCUACUUCGUUUAUUGCCUCUGUUCUCCAUGGACAUAGUUGUCAUUCUGCAGACCAGAAAUAUAUACUGUAUGCAGGGCAUACAAGUGUAUGGAGGAUUGUGUUGAAGUUGACCAUAUGUUCAAAUGUACUACUAAGGGCAUUGAAGCAUUGCUGAAGGGUGAUUUAUAGAUACAUUUUAAUGCCGCAAGACAGGUUUUUAAAUGUAUACAGCGGUACCUUGGUUUAAGAACAGCUUAGUUUAUGAACAUCUUGGAUUUAAGAAAGCUGCAAACCUGGAAGUAGGUGUUUUGGUUUGUGAACUUUGCCUUGGAAACAGAACAUGUUUCACUUCCUGUUGAGUGUGUUCCAUUUGUAAAUUGAGUCCCCUACUGCUAUGGGAAAGCACACCUUGGUUUAAGAACGCUUUGGUUUAAGAACAGACUUCCAGAAUGGAUUAAGUUUGUAAACAUCGCCAGUGUUUUUAAGUGCUAGAAGUGACAGGAUCAAUAUGGGACUUGAGUGUUCAGAAACUUCAAAUACACAACUCUUUAUUGGCACAGGUUUCCAAAUCUAUAUCAGCUGUGUGUGCUGUACAUAUACUGACAGGUGGAUUCAGUGGGCCGAGUUUGACUUUGGAGGCCUUAAAUCUCUGUGAAGGACUUCUCACCUAUAUCCUCCUUCCCUUUGGUAUCUGCUGAAAGCCCUGAGUUAAUUCUACAAGUCAGGAGCAUCAAAGGACUGGAUCUUAGUAGCUAUUACCUUGGUUCUUUGAAACUAUUUUCCAGUAGAUGCACAUUGGUGCAUGUCUCUGCUGAACUUUCAAAAAGCCACUUAUGCUCCCUGUUUUCCAGUGGUCUUUGAAGUUCAACUAAUGCGCUUGCUUGCCCUGGAAAUGGCUGUUUUAAUAUAAAUUUGCUGUUCUACGUGAUUUUAGUUUAUUACUGUUUCCUUGUAUGUUUGAAUUUGAAAUGGAUUAUGAAAUGCUGUUAAUCACAUUUCUUCCAUCAUGAGACUGAAGGAGACAUACACGGGGACUCAAUAUUUAUUUUUUUCUUUGCAAACAACAUCGAAACACAUGAAAAGCAGGGUGUAAAGCCUUUAAAUAAAUGACAUUGUACUUUCCCACCCAGGCACUGAUCAACCUCAGACCUGUUUAGCUUCAAAAAAAUGGUACCUGGAUUUUGUGCCUUCAGAAUAUUUUUUAAAAUAUUGGCCUUUAUAGGUACCUUAAUGGAUUUUUGUUGCAUGUUUAAAUCUGAAAUGUUACUGUUUAUUUUAAUAACUGUUUUAUGCUUUGAUGGAUGAUAAUAUGGCAUUACACCUAUUUGUGGAUUUAAAAACUAAACUUCAAUGAGCUUUCAGUAAUGAAAACAGUGAUCUAAAAUAGUUAAAAAGUUAAAUGUUGUAACAGUUAUUAAUGAUAAUACAAGGGGAGAGAAUAUAUAAUAAUUAAAUAUAUAGUUAUAACCUCCCUCAUUUACUCAUCUGAAACUGUAUAGAUAACCAGCAAGGGAGGAAUCAUUCUCAACAGUUAAAUUUGAUUCUUUUAUACCCAUGGUGCUGAUUAAAUUAGAUUAUGUAUCACCCAAAAUAUUGUGUGCUAUAAAUUGAGUGCAUACAAAGGUGCAAAAUACCAAGGUGUGAUUGGAAUACAUCAAAGGCCUUCUUGAUGUGUAAAGUGACAUAAGAGAGGGAAAAAUAAAUGCAACUUCCUUUGCACAAGGAACCCAUUGAGUUUCUCCUUCAUUAAAAAAAAAAUUAGGGGACAUGCUCACAUCCUCUACAGACUCUAGCACCAGCUGUCCCUUCUGAGCGCAGACAAUUAUCCAUGUAUUGGUAGCAAGCUGAUUAGUUUGCCCAGAAAUGACAACAGGUCCAAAAUGUAGCAAAUAGAUUGCAAGCCUGAAUCAGCCACAUGGAGGAUAUCUCUCAUUUUCUGAACUAUUCUGGCUGCCCAUCUAUUUCUGAGCACAGCUCAUUGCACUGGUGUUUGCCUUGAAAGUCUUAUAUGGAAGAGCCCUGCAGACUAAUGGCCCAUCUAGUCCAGCAUCCUGUUCCAUAGCAUACUGCCUCUGACAUCAAAGGUGGAACAUAGCCAAAGAAAAUGACUCCAACAAAUAGUAGCAAGAAUGACCAGCAAGAACAGAAAAACAAGCUGGUGUGGUAGAUUUCUUAAUCUCCCCACUGUAGUGCCCUCCACUCCCACUCAAUUCUUGAAAUACCUGUUCACAUACAUUUCAGGACAUCGGACAACAGAAUAUGUGUCUCUCCCCUCCCUUUCAACUAGACUAAUAACUCGUUUUGUCUCCAGCAAAAAGGGAUCCAAUCCAAUUAGUAAAAAGCCUUUGCUGCACUGCCUGAAAAGCAGCCCACUGUGGAAAUGAAAAAUAGCGCUGCCUGAGUGGCGAGCCCAGCAGCAGGGACUGCAAUGCAACCUUGCAAGAAGCAAAUGCUAAUAUAGUUUCUGAGAAGUGCUGCAUAUAUUGAGCAAGUUUUAUCUUAUUUCCUGCGGUGUCGUAAUGUGUGCUUCAACCCUGUCUUUUCUAUUCCCUUUCAGAACUUUGUCUUUGUCAAACAGCUUUAGCUUUCUUUGCCCUACUUAAAAUUGGCACUUUCUGCCAUGUCCCCGUGGAUUCUCAAAGCGUCAUCGUUUGGCUUUGCCAGGACAGCAUUGACGGAAAACAAAAGAGCUGCCAAGAUUUCAGCUUGGAUUCUCUUGUCUCUUAGGGGUGGCAUGACCUAGCGACCCUUUGGAGACGCUGCUUUCUCUUCCCCUGCAACAUUCUCUGUCCUGUUUAUAAAGGAAAACAUGCGGAAUAGCUGUUCUUUCAUUCUCUGUAUGCUAAUGCAUGCUUUUGACCUUCCCUUGAGUUUGCAGGCUGCGUAUCUCUCCCCCCCCCUUCUCAUUGCAUUUCUUUUUCUUUUAGCCAGCCUUUGCUCCUUUGCCUUCAACAGCAGUUAGAUCUGAUCGGCAGACUUUAGCAGAGAUGUGUCCUCAGACUAGAGAGGUCUGGACUCAUAUCCAUGCAGCCCAGUGGGCUGACUUUUCACCACUCUUUUAGGGUUGUUACGAGAAUAAAAUGGGGUGAUCCUUAUGCAUGCCACUGUGGACUCCUUAGAAAAUGAAUGGUGGGAUGCAGCUGGAGCUAAUAGUAAUCAACAAGUGACAGUGCUGAUCUCUAUACUUUGGAGCAGACAGGGCUGUAGGAGCCAAACUUGGCUCAUGGUUUCUGUGUCUUGAGGACAAUGUUGGAAGGGAUGUUCAGGGACAGAGUGAGAAAUAUCAAAACAGUGAGGUUAAGUGGGGCUUGAAGGAGGACAAUAAAACUUUACAUCCCCAGCUGAGGUGUGUGGCUAACAUUCAAUGCAUAUAAGUUAACAAGGUCAAGCUUCUGUGGAAUGUCCCUUGAGAACAGAGACUCUCCUCCCCCCACUCGUUUUAUACACUACCAUUUUGGCUGCAAACACACCAUAUCUCUAGAGCACAUACCUCCCUCCCCAAAUAAUCAUAGGAACUGUAGUUUAUGCCUAACAGAGCUACAAUUUCAGCCCUUUUAACAAAUUACAGUGGUACCUUGGUUUAUGAACUUAAUCCGUUCCGGAAGUCCAUUCUUAAAGCAAAGCGUUCUUAAACUAAGACGUGCUUUCCCAUGGCAGCGGGGGACUCAAUUUACAAAUGGAACACACACAACAGGAAGCGAAACAUGUUCUUAUUCCAAGGCAAAGUUCAGAAACCAAAACACCUACUUCCGGGUUUGCAGCGUUCUUAAUCCAAGUUGUUCAUAAACUAAGCUGUUCUUAAACCAAGGUACCACUUGUACAGUUCCCUGGAUUCUUUAAGUGGGGAGACAUGUGCUUCAAAUGUGCUAUUUCUGUUGGGUGUUAUUCUCUAUCCUGUUUAGUUUUAAGCAGUUAAAAUGGGUUGUCUUAUUUCCAUUAUUUUCUAUAAUGUGCGGAUUUAUUUUCUGUAUUUAUGGACAUUAUUAUUUUCAAUUUUUUAAUUGUUAGAUUUAUCAUUUGAUAUGUUGUUGAGACACUGCCACAAUUUUGUGGGAUAAGCCAUACAAAUAAUCUGAGGUUGAAAGGCUGCUGUUAAAAGGCUGACAAGAUUUAGGAUAGCCAAAUUUUGCAGUCAUACUGGUGAUGCCUGGUAUAUAGGGAAAGUUUCAAGGUUCCUUGAGCUGGGGAGCAUGCAUUUAAAGAGAUUUAAAUGUGUGCUGAAUAACAUGCUCUCAAGGAGAUAGAGUGGUGUCUAGAAAUUGCUUCUCCAGUGCCCAGAUAAUACCUAGAUAUCCUGUAGACCUGGGGCUUUUAGUGGUUAAUUCUGUUCAUUUCAUAGGGUGUUAGUUUUUCACAGUUAUUUGUUGUUGAGAUGGCACUGUGUGGGAAUGUUUAUCUUUAGGAUAAGGCUGCACCUGGAAUAAGGAGUAUAGGCUAGCCUUGGAAGUUAUCUGUGCCAAGCAUCUGUCACUCUGGUGGGUCACCCAAAACAUCAGCUGUGACUUACUCUGGUGGGAACCUGAUUUAUAACCCACAUAUCAGAUGUAGCUGACAUAACCUCAACAUAUAAAUUGCUAAGUCUUUAGGGUUAGAGAGUGUCAGAACCUGUGAACCUCUGUGCAAGCUGAUCUGGAAAGCACUCUCACCAACCAAGCUCCAUCUCCAUCUGUUGCUGAUGUGAUUCCCACCAACCAAUGACCAAAGGGGGACAUAAGAUAGUGACAAUGCUUUGUAGGUGUCUUUGGCUUUUUAAUCAAACCUUUCAGCCUUCACCCCAUUUGCAUUCUGAUUCCUAAAAGAACCACUGGAAGUUGUAGGAGUGGUUCUUUUAGGAGAACCAGGGGCAGCUCUGCUAAAGAGCCUUGAGCCACAGGGAUGGAAGGGCAAGUAUGCAAAAUGCACAAGCAUUUCUGGGCGGCGAAGGAAGGAGUUUCCCAUUCAGUAUUAAUAAGGGGAGGCGCAGGGUAUUCCUUCCCUUUCCCCCACCCUUACUGCUAUGUGGUGGGUGGUACAACAGUCUAAUUCUGAAAAUCAAAUAUUAACAAUAACAAAGCUUGUCAGGUGACAGAAUGUGUCCUGCAGGAAAUUACACUGGGCAGGCUGGCGAGAUCGAAAGGGGAAGCCAACACUGUAGCUUUAACCUUCAUCGUUUGCUCCUGGGGGAAAUUAAUUAGCCAAACCUUUGAGGGUUUGCACAUUAGGUGCACUCCAUUGGUGUCUGGUGCACAAAAGUCAGGCAUACAACACAACCAGUGCAAGGCAAUCAAGACCAAUUAACAAAGAUGUAAUUUCUCUAGAGAUGCUGCUAUUACCAUAAUUCAGAUGUUCCAAGCACUAAGAAUAUGAUUGACCUGGUUAACUACCCCCCCAAAAAAAAAGGUCUCUAGGAGAGGCCUGUUCCCACGAGCCAAUAGGUUUUAGCACACAGACUCCAUCAUGAAUUACUACUACUACUACUACUACUACUACUACUACUACUACUACUAUAAUAUAAUGCGUAUAAAAGCAUUAAAGAAGCGCUCUCUUUGAUAGCCACCCACCAUGGCUUGGAGUAAUGGGGCAACAUACAUUAUGGGGUGCAUUAGCAAUGCACACUAUUCCUCGACUUGGGGGUAGGAAGUGGGUGAAGGUUUGAAGACAACAGCUGUGAUGUCUUAAUUAACAAAAGCUGAGUGGUGUUAGUGGAAUGGCCACAUCUCUGAAACUGGAAGUUGAGUAAAUAAAAUUUAAAUAGUUCUAUGACUGCACUGCUUCAUUACAUUCCCGUUUAUUGAUUUGUUUGUUUAUUUACCUUCAGAUUAAAAUCCUUUAGAAUUUAAGAUUUCCUUUUCCAGCUUUUUCUGUUAAUAACUACAACAGCAACCUAAUCUUGAAAUCAGGUAUAUGCAUGUAUGCCCAGCACGUUCCUCAUUUAUUUGAGUGGAGGGAUCUGAACAUACAGAUGAACCAGCGGCGUCACUAGCCUUCUGGCUGCCCGGGGCGGCAAACCAGACGGCACCCCGUUGGGGAGCGGGGCAUCCAUCGCACACAUGUGCACUGGAGUUCUCAUACCUAGAACAGAUCAGUGAAUGGGAGCACAUCCUUAGGGCUCUUCCAGAUGACCUGUUUAUUGAGCAUUCAUCCUGAUUUGCUUACACAAAGAUUAUAUGGAGGUCAGAUGGUCUCCUGUCUUUAUUGACCAUUCAUUCUGAUUAGUUUGCAGGAAGGUUAUAUGACAAGGAGCAUUCAUUAUGAAUUGCUUGUGAAGUGCUUAUGAUAUGUCUUACAAUUAAUGCUUCAUUCACUCAACACUUUUCAACACAUAGCUCCAUGCCUUUCCAACAGUCGAUUUGUUGCCCUAGGGGUGACUGAGCGCUUUAAACCACUAAUUGCACAAGCCUGUAUUCCCCACUCUGGAGGCACCCUUAAGUUGUAUAUUUGCACACACAUGUUUUGGGGCAUGAGAUGUAUUGUCUAAGAGAAUGAGACAUGAAUUGAGAAGUUCCCAGUCUGAAUCUUGUGUCUGCCAUCAGCUCACUAAAUAGUCUUAGGCAAGCCAGAUUCCCUCAGCCUCAGUUCCCCUAUCAGCAAUAUGGGAAAUAAUUAUUGUCAUACAGAGUUUGUCAUAGGUAUGAGAAGUGUGCAUGCACACGAAAGCUCAUACCUAUGACAAACUUAGUUGGUCUCUAAGGUGCUACUGGAAGGAUUUUUAAAUUUUGUUUUGACUGCGUCAGACCAAGACGGCUACCUACCUGUAACUAUUGUCAUACAGGUUUGCCAUAAAGAUUACAACUACAUAAUGCAUGUGAAGCAUUUUGAACACUGUUAAUGCUAAUUUAUUUGUUCAAAUUUAUAGCAGAUGUAUUUCACCUUUCCAUCAAUUCAGACCCCCCCCCCCAAGCUUGUCUUAUCUGUAAAUUUUAAACAAUACAUAGGGCCACAUUAAACUAAGCAGUUCCACUAGUGGAACCCUGCAUAAGGGCUUUUUCUAGCACAGGGGGGCUUUUGCUCCCUCUCCUCCCCACGAUCAGUGGCUGAUCUUGGGGUCUCAAAUUUAAGCGGCUCCCUUUGCGAUGCCAAAAUUCGGCGCCUCUUACCUUCCAUUCUACAUUAUAGUUGUAGUACCCCCUGGUGCCCCCAAGGCUCUGCACUCAAUGUGACCAAACCAGUCACGCUCCUCUAAAUUCACUUCUGCCACAGAAGCCCCAGAACAGCUCAUCAGGGGAGGAGAGGGGAGAAUGCUCUGCCACAGUGCAAACAUUUCUGCUUGCCUGAUGGAACAACCUCCUUAGGGCUACACUGAAUUCAUCCUUUUACAUUUUCAAAAAACUAACAGAAGCAGCAUCAAAAAGACAAUUAACAAUCCUGAAUAUUGCUAACAAUUCUCAGCUGUCAAAAAUUUACAAGCUUCCAAAGCAAAGAUAAUAGUAAAGAGCAUUAUCAAUUUUUUUCUAAUGGUAGGUGGUAAUAGGAAAACUGGUGAUUCAUCUGAGCUCAUGCUCCAAUAUUGAUAGCCUUGAAAUGUAACAGAAGCUGCAAUCAAAUGGAUGUUAAGAACUCCUUUUGGUGGAAAAGACCAAGGUCUUCCAGAAAUCUGUUCCCAACAAUAGACCAUCAGUAUCAAAUGACACACAAUAUUACACAUGUGCCAUUGCAUCUAAUGUGCAAGUUUCCCAAAAAAAGCAAACCACAUGAACUGAUAUUUAUGGGAAUCGGAGUGGACCUGGAGAGGGAAUUUAACUGUUUCCCUGCUGCAGUCCAUUGAGGAAAAUCCCUCUUCUGAUAAUAGCAUUUGCUUAGGUGGGAUAUUAGCCAGUGUGGUAUAAUGGUAAGAUUGCUGGACAAGCCCCUCACUCAACCAAAAAGUUCAUAUGGUAGCCUUAGGCCAGUCACUACUGCUCAGCAUAAGCUUACCUUGCAGGUUUGUUGUGAGGAUAACAAAGGAAGGCAAAGAAAGCGUGUAUGCUGCCUGGAGCUCCUUGGAGUAAAUGCAGUAAAUAAAACCAUCCCCCAACAGUGGAAACAGUGGGGAAUUUCCCCCAUCCCCAAAGCAAGUAUUCACUUCAGGAUCACAGCAAGGAAGGAAAGGGUUCAAUUUCCCCUCCACACCUGCUAAAUUCCUACUUCUGUAAUUAGCUCCCCCUCUAGCUGUUGCAGUUUAAAGUCUGCAGAGACCAAUUUAAUGGUCAAAUGUAGCUUGCCGCUCGCUGCACUUGACAUUCAAUGGAGUGCAAGAUUUCUGACACUUAAAAUAGUUUCUUGUGGCUUUUGACCAUUGAUUGACUUACCUUCCAUGAAGUUGUCUAAACAUUUUUUAAAAGCCAUCUCACAACUCACCGUGGUGAAUUCCGUAAGAUAGGAAUGCAAACUUAGGCUUGGAUGGAGGAGGUAAGGAAAGGUUCAGGGCAGCAGAAUACUUUAGAGCACCUCUUGUAAUGAUUACUUAGCAUAAUAACAUUUUCACAGUGCACCAGUCAAAGGUAAGAUCGCUCGUGUUAAUUAAAAUGCCUGAACUGGAGGAAGCUUGCCUUAACGGAAAAUAUAACAGAACACAAGGCAUUAAAGUGAUUUAAGUAGAACUUCUCUUGGAGCACAGCAGCAGGACCGCCAGACUUUUGCAGGGUCUAUGAAUUAUAAUAUAUAUUUGGUAGGAUAUGAGAGGGGAAAAGGAAAAGGAUGGUAACAGCUGAUGCUGGAUUGACAUCAGUUCUAAAGCUGUUGAGAAGCUGCUCUAUGCUGUGUUUUAUAAUCAGAUGAAAGGAGACGCUGAAAGAUUUGAAUGCUGCCUGGGUCAUGACUCUAAGAGGAUAUCAGAUGAGAUUGGCUACUGUUAAAGUGCUUUAAAAAUGAUAUUGCCAAUGCUCCAAAGGGGGGCUUAGCUGUCUGCCGUGCACAUUUCUUUAUGCCUGUCUAAUUUAAAGCCAUUGCUUCUCUUGUGGCAUCUUCUUCCAUGUUCGCACAUUAUAAUUAAUAGUGUGCAUCUGUCAGCCCAUGAUGUGCACCGUCACAGUGUGAAGUGGCCACAUGCUUCAGUUUCACAGUAUGCAGCCAAUCAUGUUUCUCUCUUGUGGAGGAAUAAAGGUGUAGAGCUGCUUCUCACAGGACAGGCCACCCUCCUCAUCUGUUGCAUGGAACAAGCUCUGACUUGGCUGCCCCUGGAAAGAAUCUGUGCCCUUCACAACUGGAGAUAAAGCCAAACGCUGUGAAUUUCCAGUGUUUGUGGGGGUUGUUUACCUCUCUACCCCAGCCUUUGACAUAUAUUUUAGGACACACCUUAUUUUUGUCAUUCUUUGUCAUUUUUAAUGUUGUCUUCAAAAGUGUGGUAACACACCCUGAGACUUUAAGGUUAUUACCAAAAAAUGCAGUUAUGGGUCCUUCAUUCCAUAAACCAAGGUCAUGCAGAUGCUAAUCCCUACCUUUAAUAGGUAUAAAAUAGGUAUAAGUAUCAUCUGUCAAAAAAAAAUUACAAGCUGCCAAAGCAAUGGUAAUAGUAAAGAGUACAGUGGUACCUCUGGUUAAGAACUUGAUUCGUUCUGGAGGUCCGUUCUUAACCUGAAACUGUUCUUAACCUGAGGUACUACUUUAGCUAAUGGGGCCUCCCGCUGCCACUGCCGCACAAUUUCUGUUCUCAUCCUGAAGCAAAGUUUUUAACCCGAGGUACUAUUUCUGGGUUAGCAGAGUCUGUAACCUGAAGCGUCUGUAACCUGAGGUACCACUGUAUUAUCAAUUUUAUCUAAAGGCAGGUGGUAAUAAGAAGACAGGUAAUUCAUCCAUCCAGGCAUCUCCAAACUGCGGCCCUCCAGAUGUUUUGGCCUACAACUCCCAUGAUCCCUAGCUAACAGGACCAGUGGUCAGGGAUGAUGGGAAUUGUACUCCAAAACAUCUGGAGGGCCGAGGUUUGGGGAUGCCUGAUCUAGUCCAACCCCCUGCUAUGUAGGAAUAUGCAGCUGUCCCUUACGAGCAGUGUUUUUCUAAAAAAAAGUUUAGGAGUACGUGUACCCCUGCGUUCCCCCCAGAAAAAAGCACUGCUUGAACCUGCAACCUUGAGGUUAUCAGCACCAUGCCCUAACCAACUGAGCUAUCCACAGCAAAAGUCACAGAAGUCAGAAUAGCAUAGAACUGACACACCUGGCUUAGGGACCUUAACAAAUUUACUUAGCACCAUGUCCAUUCAGGGAUAUUAAUGAUUUUGUGAUCAUUUAGUGUUUGAAAACCAACCUUAAAAGAGAGAAGGGGGCAGGGAGCCAAGCCUAGCAAGCAGCUAUUACUGAAUGGAAGAAUAUGCCUAGUGAUCUGUUCACCAGCAUUGGUUUAGUGAAGCAGAAAAUAACUUGAUUUUCACAGCUAGAUUAACAGUACAACCCUGAAAGCAGAAGUGGAUAUGGAAGCAACAAAGCAGCCAUAGAAGAAAGACCAAUUAUUUGAUGCCGAGUGCUACUGCUCAAAUUUCUUCCUGCAAAGUACAAUAUAUGCUAUUUAUCUUAUGGGUAUGAUUCACAUGACACUUGUUGCAGCCAGGUAUGCUAAUGGCCCUUUCUGCUUACAAGACACAGAUACUGUCUCUGAUUUAGAUCUAUAGCUAGAACAAAAAGACAGACGAUCAAUAUGUAUUUAUUUUUUAGAGACAUCAUUGAAUCUCACAGCUUUGUAUUUUAUCACUUGAGAAAGGCUAUCUUAACUGACUUUGAAAGAAUGGGUGUUUUUUUUCUCUCUCUCACUUUAGAAAGCCAAUUGCUUCUUUAGGAGCAAUUUAUUUAUGGUGUAUUUAUUUGUUUUAUUGUUAUUUCAUCUUUCCUUCAGGACAGUAUACUUGAUUCUCCCCCCCCCCUUUAUCCUCACAACCACCCUGCUAACCUGAGAGAAAGUGCUUCAGCCAGUUCCAUGGAUGACUUGUGCUCAGGUUUCACUUAUUCUGGUCUGGCAAAUGCUGAGGGAGAGAAGCAGCAGCAAGGUGUUUGAGGACAAAACUGUGUAUGCUGCGCACUAAGCCCCUGAACUCCCUAAGCCAACCUGCUUCCCUCAGGUACAGUGUUGGAGUACAAUUCAACUAGCAGGUCAGUUGGCGUCUGUAUGUGGAAGUUGGGAACGUAAUUUUGACCUCCACCUCAGGGAGCAAAACAUCUUUGCCAGCCCAGUUGAACCAACUCCUAGAGGCUGCAUGGGCUUCAGCCCCCCCAAAAAAUAUUUGAGGGGGCCGCGGGUCCCCACAGUUGAUGGGCAUUGCCACUCAAAUCUUGUGUGUGCACUGCACCAUGUGAUGAAUUAUGCGGGGUGGAGCUUACCUGAGCACCCCCCUAUUUUAUUCAAGUUGGCCCCCUGGUGUAAAUCAAAUGGAAAAUCAUUCUCAAGUCACUGCCAAUGAAAUGGUAUGUAUGUAAGAAUGCUGAAAUGUAAGUACCCCGGAGCUCAAUGGUGCUCUUUCUUCUAGCUAAGCAGGAUGAGACUGCAUAGUGUUUAGAGCAAGAGAUGAAGAUGCAAUAAUAGGAAUGUGGAUGGAAAAUGCUGGAGCUAUAAUGAUGUCAAAGGUGGUCAUGUCCCAAAGUUAAAUGUUUUUGCAAUCGUAAGAAAAACAUUGAGUUUGAUCCAACUUUGAUAUAACAAAGACUUUGAUUUGUUUCUUUAAGGGCUGCAAAAUAGGUUGCAGGUAGAAACCUCCUGAAGUUUCAGAGAUGGUUGAGAAAACUGGGUUUUAAUGUACAGUGGUACCUUGGUUCUCAUACUUAAUCCGUUCCAGAAGUCUGUUCCAAAACCAAGGCCCACUUUCCCAUAGAAAGUAAUGCAAAAUGGAUUAAUCUGUUACAGACUUUUAAAAACAACCCCCAAAACAGCAAUUUAACAUGAAGUUUACUAUCUAACGAGACCAUUGAUCCAUAAAAUGAAAGCAGUAAACAAUGUACUGCAGUCACACAAUCAAUCAAUCAGUAGCUGAACUCGGUUCCACAUAGUCACAAAAACAACAAAAACACAAAAUAAAAAGCAAAAAAAGACAGACCUCAGCGUAACACUCAAAACGGAAGUGUGGCACUCAAGUAGGAAACAUAACAUUCAAAAUGGAAGCGUAACACUCAAAACAGAAGUGUGGCACUCAAAACGCGGCAUGUUCGGCUUCUGAAAAAAGUUCACAUAUCGGAACACUUACUUCUGGGUUUGCAGUGUUUGGGUUCCAAGUUGUUUGAGUACCAAGGCGUUUGAGAACCAAGGUAACACUGUAUUAGGUUUCUGGUAGGAAUGGUUUAAAUGUGUGCAUUUUACCAGAAGUGUUGAGAGAUAUGCGGAUUAUGAAUGAUGGAGAGUACUGACACUUGAUUAUGGAUAAGGUACCAGGUGAAAACAUUUCUAUAUAACCAGGUCUUUGGCUGAUUAAACAUCCUAUGUAUGGCCUUUUAAAUGUGUUUGCGGUAGAGUGGUUAUUUUGUAUUUUGUGUUCUCAUUUUCUAUUUUUAUGUUGUGAUCUUCGGAUGAAUUAUGGUAUACAAAUUUAAUAAAUAAGUUGGAUCUCUUCUCUCUCUCUCUUGCUUCUGGGUGGUUUUGUUGUGUAUGUAAAGUUCUGUGUUCACUUACAAUAGAUAAAAUUGAAUAAAACAUCAAAUAAAAUCCCAUAGUAACCACACCUGACCAACUUAUUUAGGCUUCAUAAAUACUUGGGGAAAGCACUACUGUGAUUUUUAGAACAAAGUUGUCCCCCAUUCCUCAAAACAGUGGCAAUUCUUUUGCUCCACAGCCUGCAGCAAAUCGAUGUAUUUUCAGUGAAGACUCCCUGCAUCUCCUUUGCAGUCUCCUAAAUCAGCUCCUAGUGUUUAAAAGGAAAAUAAAAACUUUUUUUCCAG